GACUAUAAUGUUUCGUUAGUCUUGUUCUACUCCCUGCUCGUUUGUUACGUGUUUUGUUAUUUUCAAAAAAAUUUGUGGAAAAAUUUCUAGUGUAUUUUAAAAUUGUUCGUAGUUUUUUAUUGUUUUUGUCUUACGUUUAAGUGUAGAAAGUUCUUAGUUGGCUUGCGACCCUUUUGGCUUUGUCAGUUCGCAAACUCUUGCAACGAUUCUCAGCGAUGAACCGCUUGCGUAGGACGUUCCUGAAGUCGGUCAUCCGGCUGCGCAGCCCGGUGGUGUCGAUCAUUCGGCAGGCGUGCGGCGAGCCGCCUGGCUUCAAGGGUCUCGUGGUGGGACUGUACCAGAAGGAGGGCGACAAGGACCCCAAGCUGACGCCCAGCGGCGAGAAGCUGGACGAUCGCCUGCACGGCAAACUGUCGGAGCUAAUCUGCCAGACGAAAAUCGACGGACGGCUGGGCCGGGGCAAAGUGUUCAACAGCAUCGAUCCGGAUUAUCGGGCCAUUGCCGUGGUCGGGCUGGGGCUCGAGGGCAUCGGCUUCAACGAGCUGGAGAUGAUCGACGAGGGCAUGGAGAAUGUGCGCAUGGCCGCCGGCAUUGGUGCCCGCUCCCUGCAGGAGGUUGGCUGCCACGAGGUGUGGGUCGAUGGCAUGGACUAUGCCGAGCAGGCGGCCGAGGGCGCUGGCCUGGCCACCUGGCGCUUCACCCAAUGCCUGUCCAAGCGCAACACCCCGAUGAUACCCAAGCUGGAGCUAUACGAUUCCCCCGAUACGGACAACUGGACGCGCGGCGUCUUCAAGGCGGAUGCCCAGAACCUGGCGAGGCGGCUCAGCGAUGCCUCGGCCAACUGCAUGACCCCCACCACCUUCGCCCAGAACGCCGUGGAUGCCCUCUGUCCGUGCGGCAUCACCGUGGAGGUGCGCACCAUGGACUGGAUCGAGAACCAGAAGCUGCACUCCUUCCUAAUGAUCGCCAAGGGCAGCUGCGAGCCCCCCGUGCUGAUGGAGCUGAGCUACUGCGGCACUUCGCCGGAGGACAAGCCCAUCCUGUUCGUGGGCAAGGGCCUCACCUUCAAUUCGGGCGGCAUCAAUCUGCGUCCGUGCAGGGGCAUGGACGAGUACCGCGCCUCCAUGUCCGGGGCCGCCGCCUGCGUGGCCAUGCUGCGCUGCUGCGCCGCUCUCUCGCUGCCCAUCAACAUUGUGUGCAUCCUGCCCCUGUGCGAGAACAUGCCGUCGGGAAUGUCGUGCAAGCCCGGAGAUGUCGUCACCCUGCUCAAUGCCAAGUCCAUGGCUGUGCGGGAUCUGGACAAGGCCGGUGUGGUGAUGAUGGCCGAUCCGAUGAUCUACGGCCAGAAUGCGUACAAGCCGCGCCUCGUCAUCGAUGUGGCAACUAUGGGCAUGGGCGUACAGAAGGCUAUCGGUGGCGGCGCCACCGGCAUCUUCUCCAAUUCGCAUUACAUUUGGAAGCAGUUCCAAGCGGCCGGCGCCCUCACUGGCGAUCGUGUGUGGCGGCUGCCCCUGUGGAAUUACUACAGGAAGCAGGUCACCGACGAACUUGGCUACGAUCUGAGCAACGAUGGUCGUGGCCGUGCCUCCUCCUGCCUGGCGGCCGCUAUUCUACACGAGCUGGUGCCCUGCUCCGAUUGGGCACAUCUCGAUACGCGCGGCACCGGGAUGCUCACCAAAUACGGCAUCAUACCCUAUCUGACGCAGGGCCGCAUGACCGGGCGACCCGUGCGGACCAUGGUGCAGUUGGUCUAUCAAUUGGCCUGCCCGGCUCAAAAUUAAUCGUCUAAACAACCCUGGAUUUGAUUUUUAACCAAUAAAUAUCCGACCAAAUGUCA